UUCUUGCACAUGAUUGGUCAUGGAUCGAUGCUCGUUCACGUUAUUCUGCGCGUCCAUUCUUCAGCGUCAUUGUGGAGAGGAGGGAAGCGGUAAAAGUAACAACCAAGUCUGCAUCGUAUGCCUGCCUUUUCCCAUUGCCAAUGAAUUGUCCUCGCAUUCCUAUGUCUUCCAGUUGACAUACUGCACGCACGGCACACCAGUUCUGCAAAGAAACAGGAUAUUCGCAGGCUGUGUGAUUUUCAGCACCUGAUCAUUGCUGACUCUGUUCACCCUUCUGGAUCAUGGCACAGACCAACAGCGUGGGGCAGGGGAGCAAUGGAGUAGCCGAUGAAUCGCCGAACAUGAUUGUAUACAGAAAGAUGGAGGACGUAAUAGCACGCAUGCAGGAUGAGAAGAAUGGAAUUCCUAUCCGCACUGUGAAAAGUUUUUUGUCCAAGAUUCCAAGUGUUUUUUCAGGUUCUGACAUUGUACAGUGGAUGAUCAAAAACCUGAACAUUGAUGAUCAAGUGGAGGCCCUUCACAUAGGGACCCUGAUGGCUGCCCAUGGCUACUUCUUCCCUAUCUCAGACCAUGUACUCACACUCAAAGACGACGGCACUUUUUACAGGUUUCAGACCCCCUACUUCUGGCCAUCAAACUGCUGGGAGCCAGAAAAUACAGACUAUGCUGUUUACCUGUGCAAAAGAACAAUGCAAAACAAAGCUCGUCUGGAGCUAGCAGAUUAUGAGGCGGAGAGCUUAGCGAGGCUACAGAGAGCAUUUGCCAGAAAAUGGGAGUUCAUAUUUAUGCAAGCAGAAGCACAAGCAAAAGUUGACAAGAAAAGGGAUAAGAUUGAGAGGAAAAUUCUCGAUAGUCAAGAAAGAGCAUUUUGGGAUGUGCACAGACCUGUGCCCGGAUGUGUAAACACAACAGAAGUUGACAUAAAGAAGUCCUCCAGAAUGAAAAACCCCCACAAGACAAGAAAGUCUGUAUAUGGGCCUCAGAAUGAUGUGCGCACCCACAGCCCCACCCACACCCCUGCCCCAGAGGCCAAGCCGGCCACAGAGGAGGAGCUACAGGAUCAGAUCACUUAUUGGGGAGGGCAAUUAGACAGACAUCGACUGAAAAUGUCCAAAGUGGCCGAGAGUUUGUUGGCCUAUACAGAGCAAUAUGUGGAAUAUGACCCCUUCAUCACGCCAACCGACCCCUCCAACCCCUGGAUCUCAGACGACACCACUGUGUGGGAGCUGGAGGCCAGUAAGGAGCCAGGUCAGCAGAGGGUGAAGAGGUGGGCAUUCGGAAUCAAUGAGGUUCUCAAGGAUCAGGUGGGGAGGGAGCAGUUCCUCAAGUUCCUGGAGUCUGAGUUUAGCUCAGAGAACCUGAGGUUCUGGCUAGCCGUCCAGGAGGUGAAGAAGAGGCCAAUCCGGGAGGUCCCGACCCGGGUUCAGGAGAUCUGGCAGGAGUUCCUGGCCUCUGGAGCUCCCAGUGCCAUCAAUGUUGAUUCUAAGAGCUACGACAAGACCACCCAGAAUGUCAAGGACCCUGGACGCUAUGCCUUUGAAGACGCACAGGAUCACAUCUUCAAGCUGAUGAAGAGUGACUCCUAUAGCCGCUUCAUCCGUUCCAGUGCCUAUCAGGAGCUGUUACAGGCCAAGAAGAAGAAAAGUAAGAACUUGUUUUGAAAGAUUUUGCUUCCAGGGGAAACCCCUUACAUCAAAAGAGGCUGACCAGUCUUGUGCCAUCAUGCUAAAACAUAGCCACUCUCGGAUAUAGAGGAGGACCAUAUCAUUUCUACGUCAUCGCCGUUUGCUUUCCACUCAGACGAUGAGCGGACAGUACAUCAGAUGUUGCAUGUCCAAGGAGAAGACUUGUUAUUCCUUUUAACUGAUCUAUGUUACUAUUGGAAAGGAGAGGCAUUUGGAGACUUUUACAAAUAUUGGGGCUGGAUAAUGCCUUUCCAGAAAGUCAGUGUCCAGUUACUUACACCAUAUCUGAUGGACACGUAUGUCCCUCUCCAGCUGAGCUAAUAAUGUCAGAAAUAAAAUUAAAAAAUGAAGGAAACGUGAGCUUAACAGUAAAAUCUAUUCAAAAUAUCAUCACUAUACAGUACUCGAUCUGUAAUCACAGAUACUUUGGUCACGCUAAGGGAAGUGUUGUGCGGUAUGCAUAAAUGUAAAUUGUUAUGUUCAUUUUGCAUUGAUUUUAUUGCACUACAAUAAUUAGCACAGUUUUCAUUACACUUGUAAAGUCACAUUUGAGCUGUAAGAAAAGGUGUUUUCUGUCUCAUGUAAAACGUCAUUCUUUGUUACUCUCUCCUGCAUUUAUUUUUAUACCAUAUUUAAAGACACUUAAAAAUGUAUUAAAGUUGUCCCUUUAUCUGU